GGCUACCAUUUGUUGUCAAAAGGUGAAAAGCGGACUGGCAUCACGUCACAGCGUUCUCGUAUUGUAAAAUUUUCUCAAAAACAAACGUCUUACUGGGUGCAGUGGCACACAAAAAAAUCAAAAUAGCAAUAAUUAGUUAUGAAGACUAGUUUAACCGAAAAUUGGAUUGUUUGCCGGGUUUGUCUGAGGCAGCCCGAAGAGACGAUGACGACAAUAUUCGAUAAGGAUGAUGAAAAAGAUAUGACGCAAAUGAUUUUGGAGUGUGGCGGGGUACCAAUAAAACGUUACGACCACUAUCCGGAUAAAAUAUGUACCAAAUGUCUGAAGUACUUACAAGUGGCGUACAAAUUUCGCGUUAUUUGCCAACGCUCACACAGACAUCUUAGUAGAUUUAUAGCGCCAGUUGUGGUGGAUACCCACAUACAGGAGGAAGUUACAGACUAUUUACCAAUUGAAGUAGAUGAAGUAGAGGAGAUAGCUUUAAAAGUAGAACCAGAUGCUGCUCAAAUCAAACAGGAAUACUCCGAUCCAGAGGAGGCAGAGGUCUUGGACAUUUAUGUGCCAAUUGACGAGGAAGAGGAGGUGUUUGAGGAAUUCGAUACAAUUGAUCGUUCAGCUUCGGCUAUGUCGGAUGGAGUAGAGUACCUAGAAGAAAUUAAUGAAUUCCAAUAUGAUGAUGAUGAUGAGGAUUAUGUACAAAUUAAAGAAGAAACACCGAAGCGCGGUAGAGGACGACCACCUAAGAAUUUAAGUAGACCGGAAGCAUCGACAUCAAAACAAGCGGCAGCUCGGCAACCAGUAAUCAAGAAAGAAAAAUGUUCACCAGCCAAGCGUGGCCCAAAACCAAAAAAAAUUAAACCCACAACCUACAUCUGCGAUAUAUGUGGAAAUAUCUAUCCAUCGCAGGGGCGUUUGACCGAGCACAUAAAAUUGCAUAAGGGUAUAAAACCACAUGAGUGCGAAAUUUGUGGACAUUGCUUCGCACAGACACAGCAAUUGACGCGUCACAUGAAUACACACACCGGAAAUCGGCCAUAUAAAUGCAGCUAUUGUCCAGCAGCUUUUGCCGAUCUUUCCACUCGCAAUAAACAUCAUCGCAUUCACACAAAUGAGCGGCCGUACGUGUGCGAUGUUUGCGGCAAGUCCUUUACGUAUACAAACACCUUAAAAUUCCAUAAGAUGAUUCACACAGGCGAGAAGCCACAUGUUUGUGAUAUUUGCGGCAAAGGAUUCCAGCAGGCUUACAAGUUGCGUAAUCACAAAAUGACCCACGAACGUAAAGGUGUUGGAAUCAAAAUGGAACCGAUCGAAGUGGAAGCGUUGGAAAGUUAUCAGGAAGUAAAUCCAACAGCAACUCAGGUUAUAGAAAUUUCCGAAAAAGAAAUGUCUCCUAUAUUUGGUACGGGCGCCAUUGAAACAAGCUUAUCAUAUCAAAUUGCAGACUACGGCUUGAUUAAGCUAAGCGAAAGUAAUGCAUAUCCUAAUCGAAUAUGUGAGAAGUGCUUGUUAUUGCUUAAGGCGGCUCAGAAGUUCCGCCAACUUUGCCAACGCUCUGCAAAGCAGUGGAAGGAUUUGCUGCAAUUAAGUGAAUGUGGAACAGAAGCUAAAAAAGAUAAAACAGUCAUAGAAGAAAUAUUAAAUAAAACUAUUUGCGUAAAGCAAUUAAAUGAUGUACCAUCAAUGGAAAAAUCAUUGGUAUUGCAUGAAGAGCACCAAAAGGAAGAAGGCGACACUGUUGACAGUUAUGUUUUUGAGGUCAUUCAUGACGUGGAUGAGGAUUGCAAUGAAGGAGGUAAUCAUUUACUGGAAUCAAAUGAUGGAGAGUUUGGUGAACUUGACAACGAUCGUAUGGCGUUUUUAGAAGAUAACUCUGCAGCCAAUUCCGAUGAGCUUACUUACUAUUCAAACUCACAAUUUGAAGUAUUAAAGCAUGAGGAAACGCUCAGUUCAGAUGUACCUAUUAACAAAUUCUUUUAUGAUGAACCACAAGCAGAAAAUUUACAUGAAGAAAAAUCAAAAAGAAAUGACCAUGAAUUCGAAAUUAGCACGAAAACUGUAUCGGUUAAAUCACAAGCUACACGUGGUCGAAGAAAAAUAUCUAAUAUUAAGAAGCCUUCACAAAAGAAUAAAUCAAGGUACGGGGGUGAUUCUUCGAAUGAGUGGGCGAAGAAAGCACCAAGUAAUUAUAUAUGCAGCUUUUGUGGCAAUGUUUACACUGAGAAGGCAAAAUUGACAUUGCAUCUAAGGAUACACACCAAGGAGAAACCGCAUGAAUGCGAAAUUUGUCAUAAACGAUUUUCGCAGACUCCACAGCUUACACGUCAUAUGAAUUCGCAUACAGGAAAUCGACCUUUUAAAUGCAAGUUUUGUGAAGCCAGCUUCGCCGAUCCUUCUACGUGUAUUAAACAUCAACGCAUUCAUACACAGGAGCGUCCAUACGUUUGCGACACUUGUGGAAAAGCCUUUUCUUAUUCAAAUGUACUGAAGGUCCACGUUAUGUCACAUACGGGGGAGAAACCAUAUAAUUGUAAAUAUUGCGGUAAAAAAUUCACCCAAGCACACCACAGAAGCACCCAUGAGCGCAUUCAUACAACGUGAAAAAGAGGAGGUAUUUUACCAGGAUCCUUU